AUGUAUAAAAAUAAUAAUAAUAAUAAUAAUAAUAAUAAUAAUAAUAAUAAUAAUAAUAAAAGCUCGAAUUUAGCCAUAGGAAUUGGAAUACAAAAUUUUCCAGAGGGUCUCGCAGUUAGUUUACCAUUGAAAGCUGUCGGAUUUUCCCUGUGGAAAAGUUUUUGGUAUGGUCAACUUAGCGGAAUGGUUGAACCUAUUUUUGGAAUUUUAGGAGCAGUGGCGGUGUCAUUAGCAAGACCCUUAUUACCAUAUGCUUUGGCCUUUGCAGCUGGCGCAAUGAUUUACGUCGUAGUCGAUGAUAUUAUACCGGAAGCAAAUUCUGGGUAUGAAUUUAUUAUUUAUAAUUUUUUUUUUAACGAACGGUUUUUUAAUAACAAUGCUAAUUACUUAAUACGUGAUAUUGAAUUUUUUGCUAUCGUCUAG